AGGGAAGUGAAGUGGACUGUUGCUUCAUUCACACUGGACUGCAAUUUUGACAUCUCUGCUCUGUUUUGUGAUCUUUUUUGGGAUUUGAGCAUUGGGACUUGUUUGCCUCUGAAUCGACUCAUUUUUGAAGGCUGGCAUAAUGAUUCAUGGAUAUAGUCCAGUGGUCCAGGCACUCUUGGGGACACUUUUCACUUGGGGACUAACAGCAGCAGGAGCUGCUCUUGUUUUUCUGUUUGUCACUGGUGAGAAAAGAAUCUUAGAUGGCAGCCUGGGAUUUGCUGCAGGGGUAAUGUUGGCUGCAUCCUAUUGGUCACUGCUGGCACCAGCAAUUGAAAUGGCAGAGGAAUCUGGAAAAUAUGGUGCCUUUGCAUUUUUCCCAGUGGCUGUAGGCUUUUUAUUAGGAGCUACAUUUGUUUAUGGUGCUGAUUUAUUAAUGCCUGUGCUGGGUGCAGGGGAUAAUGCCUUUAUAAAUUUAGCACUCGGCCAACAAACCAAACAUUCCAAGGAAAAAGACGAUCCAGGCUGUAUCCAGUCCUAUGACCCAGAGAUGUCCAUCAGGAUAGAUAAAAUAGAGAAUGGGGAGGUUCACUACAGAAGACGAGGUAAUCGUGGCAGCCUAGCAGAGGAUGACACUGAACCCGAAGCAUUCAGCAACCAACAUGAUAGAACAGCCAGCAGUUGGAGACGGAUCAUGCUGCUUAUUCUUGCUAUUACCAUUCACAAUAUUCCAGAGGGACUUGCUGUUGGAGUUGGGUUUGGAGCUGUAGGAAAGACUUCUUCCGCCACCUUUGAAGGAGCACGGAAUCUUGCCUUGGGAAUUGGUAUUCAGAAUUUCCCAGAAGGACUAGCAGUGAGUUUACCACUUCACGGAGCAGGAAUUUCUACAUGGAAAGCAUUCUGGUAUGGGCAGCUGAGUGGGAUGGUAGAACCUGUGGCUGGGAUAGUAGGUGCCAUUGCAGUGGUUUUGGCUGAGCCACUUUUACCCUACGCACUGGCCUUUGCUGCAGGAGCCAUGGUCUAUGUGGUAAUGGAUGACAUCAUUCCUGAAGCACAAACUAGUGGCAAUGGAAGGAUAGCGUCAUGGACCUCAAUAUUGGGCUUUGUCAUUAUGAUGUCCCUGGACGUUGGACUUGGCUAACUCCUCCACUGUUCUUCCUCUAUGAAAACUACUUGAGAGAAAAGGAAUAAUAUGGAAUAAUAAUUUUUUUAAUGAUCAUUGUGUUUACUAAAAUAUAUUUGGGGGGGGGGGGGGUAUUCUUGGUUUUUGGCAUUUGCUGCAUUUGGUUUCUUUUUCUAUGACUGAUUUUUACUGAUAUAGGAUCUUUAUAGGGUGGAGAUUCUGGACAGCUGUAGAAGCUUCUAUAAUUCCUGUAUAUUCUGCUAGAACGCUCAGGGACACUCACCUGAUUACUUAAAAUCAAUGCAGAAGUAACCAAACCAGAAGGUAAAUUUAGAAGAGCUAAUCAAGAGACUAAUGAAUAAUUAUCAUUGAUGGUCAAUAACCAUUCACUUUGUUUGGUGAAUCUUCAUCAAAAGUGAGGAUGUGUUGUUUUAUUCUUUGGUGGUGAAACUCAAUAACUGUGAUGAGUCGGAAAGUUUGAAAGCUGAAGUUUUGCUCUCUCUUUAUCUCAGAAGGUUGAGUCUUUAGUAAUUGAUUUGCUGGCAGUGCAGCAGACCGUGCUGUUAUCUCAAAACAAUAACUGUCACAGUCAGGUGUGCUACUUCAUGAUGGCACACAUAAACAGGCAGGAAGCCGCGUUCGCCGUGUACACGACAUUCCAUCAGGCUUGUUGAUGCCACGGCAGUCAACGUUAUCUCUUUCACUAUCUAUAAAUUAUGAAAGGAACACAGUGUAAAAAACCCAAGGCACGCACUUCAGGACUGUGGCGAGGAGCGCCUGUACACCUUCUUAUCUUUAUCAUUUGAAGACGCUGUUAGCCCAGUUGAAUGUUUACAUGUAUAUUAGUCACAUGAUUGUGUUUUUUUAAUUUUUCUUUUGUGAAAACAGGAUGAUAGAUUUGUUGUCAAACAAAAGAUAUGCAUGAAUUGCCGUCGUUUAGACUGUUUAUUUUUCUUCUUCUUUCUAAAAUGUACAAGAACAAUCCUGUAAUAUAAAUGGAGGUGUUUUAAUUUCCUGCAUUUUAACAUAACAAUGAUUUACCGUUGUAUUAAGGGCUAAUUGAAUAAAAUACUCUGUAGUGUCAGGGUUCUGUUUCCUCUGUCUCUUGUAGUACGUGACUUACGAUGCUUAGUCAAGUAUGCUGUCCACACAAGGAUAUGGAGGGCUUCGUUUCCACGCCUCAGGGUUAUUUGCAUUGUCAUUGCCGUAUUACUGUCAUAAUGAUCCUUCAUACAGUGAUGUUCAUUGCCAGCCAAUUAUUGCUUUAUAGAAUAUGAUGAUUUUAAUGAAAAAAAAUGUGUAAUGUUAUACUUUUUGAAACAUAUGACACAAGUGUUUCCUUGGUUUUUUUUGUGAAGUAUCUCAGGAAAUGUACAGUUUAUGUAUCAUCUUGUGCUGAAGGGCCUUUGUGAUGUUUUGUCCUCUUCAGAUCAUGUGCAUUAUCAGCCAUAGUAGUGUUUGAAAAGCUCAGAUGGCUUUCCACAAAUUAGAGGUGUAUAGAAACUGCAUUUGUUUUCUUACUAUCAUGCACAAUUCAUAUCUCACUGUGCUGCAAAAAUUGGGUUCAUCAUUGUCUUAAUGUCCGUAAGUCAUACCGUAUUAAUGUUGACAUUCUGCCCAGCGAACCAAAUGCAUUUUCUUUGCCUGUCUUUCAUACUGUUAUCCAUGAUUUGAACCCUGCACUGGAUUGACUGGCCUGAAAUAUUGAUUUAGGGAACCAUUUUUUUAUCCAUCCAUCCAUUAUUUUCCUAGCUAACUUUCCAUUUGAGGGACAGGAGCAGCAGCCUGUCCCAGCAGAUCACACACAGGGCGGGAGUAGCACACAUUCAUGCCCACCUUCUCAUAUGCACGUCUGCUCCAGAGUGGUCAAACAGCGUUUUAGGGAUGUGGAAUGAAAACGGAGACACCAGGAGGAUGUGCAAACUACACAUAGUUGGCAUGCUGACCCCCAAAUUAAUUUCUUUCAUGAUUUUUCCAGGUUCCAAAAAAAAUGGAAGCCUUUUAAAGUCACUAUUCCAUUUAAAGUUUAUAUGUCUCACACUGUUUUGGAAUCAAAGUUCCAUUCAAGAUGGCACAUCUUGAUUUUUCCAGGUUCCAAAAAGAAAAAAGUUGUUGAGCACAGGGGAAGGAUUGGUAAUCAAGACAGAGUUGGAACUUGGAUCCCACUGGCCACGGUAGCUUUUGGUUAGUAAAUACUGACCUGUGCCAUAAUUGUGCUUUGCUUGAUCAAGAGUUUAAGUUUGCUUGCCCAUAGAGAGUUUGAGAAACAAAGGUGACAUUUCAUAUUUGUGUCGCACUGUAGUGCUUAGCAGAGCACAGGAGAAGAUGAGAAUGUCAGACAGCAUUGUGACUGCUGCUAAAUUUUGGACUUGGCAUUAAUGUUUUACAUUAACACCAUUGGCCUCCAUUCCAGCCUGUGCGCAGUGUGCUCCUCUUUGGAAGGUAGCAAUGCCUGGUCGAGAGUAUCAGUAACCAUGUGGUUGGCUGUUGUUUUACACAGUAAUAACGCGCAGCAUUUCAAUAGUUACUUUGACAUUGACAGAGAAAAUCUCAAUGACCCAACAGGUUUCUGUGUUCCACUGCCACCUCAGUUCAGUAAUUGGGCAGGGCUGCACCGCUCACAGUUUGUCAAUGCCAUCUUCUAAUCCUGCCAUCCGCCCACCUGUCCAUGUUUUCCAUUACAGGAUCACGGAGAGCAGCAUGGUCACAAUGCUGAGACCAACACAAGGCACACAGUGACACACUCACAUUAGGCAAAUGUGGAGUCGCUCAUUAAGGUAAGAGCAAGACUUCAAGCUGUGGGAGGAAAUUUAAGUAACACUGGGCUUCAACUGCACCCACAUGGCAGCCGUCUUGUAUUCAGAUCCUGAAAGGCAGCAGUGUCACCAGCUGUGCCCUUGUGUCACCCACCUCCUAAUCCUGCCUUAGCGGUACUUCUCAAAUCUCCAUUUCUGAAUUCAGAAUUUCCUGGGGAGAGGAAUGUAGUCAAAUAUGCAUUGUUCUCUUGUUACUCUGUAAUUUUCAUGUGUGUUUACCUCUCAAAAUUUUAAAAGCUACAUAGAAAAUGAAGUGUAGCACAACACAACCUAUGAAAUUCAAAGUGCAGGUCUCGGCUCUUAUAUUUGACUCUUGCUUACUGAAUUAACUUGGCAAAGCUAGAUUUGCAUAGCAAGUCCGUUGUCAGCCAGAUGGAAUCCCAGAAACAAAGAAGGAAGCAAAAUUACACAGUAGGUUCAGUAAACGGUAGUCUAGGUGUGGCCAUAAAUGAAUUGUAAAAUUAGAAGUGGUUCCUUGUUAAGUGCUCCCUGAACCUGAUUUACACUUCUCAGCUAUUCUGGGACUGCACGCCUUUAUUUCAUUACUUGAAUUUUAUCUUUUUCUUGCUGUUUAGUUCCAGUGCAUUGUAAAUUCCUUGUUGCAUUUGUUAUCCCUCCAAACAUCCUGCACAACACAGAGUCAAGAAGAACAAUGCCAGCGGUUUUUGGAAUUAAUUAAACGUAUUACAAAUGCUUGAUUGCUCCUGUAUUAAGUGCCCAGAUGACCAAGGUGUGCCAGUUGCUCAUGUCACGUAAGGUUGGUGGCACCAUCACCAGACGGCAGUGUGUACCCAGUAUGGCUGCCUGAUUUCAGAUUCUGUAACUGCUUUGUAAGUCAGGUUAAUCACAUGGUGGCAGCACUCAUCAGAACCCAUUCUGUGGUUUAUCAUUAAACAUCCAAGAGAAUCCCUAAUUAGGCCUGCAUUUCCCUUAGUGGGACACUUGCACUUUGCAGUGGCAGGUCCAACUGAGCUCUUUGGCAGCAGUGAAUUCCCUGUGGUGGGACAAAGCAGCCAGAGGAAUUGAAAAGUGCAGUUUCUCUUGUGCUUUGCUGCUCAGUCCUGUUGUAGCCUAACAGCUCUUUUCUAUUCCUGUGACGUUUCGAUCCGGCGCAGCUCCAGAGCCACAGGUGUGACUGGUAAGGCGCUGCUAGGUGUUGCAUUCAAAGAACACAAGUUAGUCGGGGGGUCAAGUUUUAUCUGCCUGAAGCAGGGGGUGUAUGAUUGAUCAGUUUCCUUAUUUAAAAUGUAAAAUUUGUUCAGGAAUCUUAGUAAAAUACAUACUGCAGGGUCUUCUGUGUCACAGGCUUUAGAGUCAAAAACUUUUUUGCAACUCCAUGAUCCAACUCUACAGCAGUUCAUUGUUGUGAAAUUUUACAAAAAAAAAAAGGUUAAAUUUUAAAUGAGCCAUUCUUUAUUUUUAUAGUGAGUUUUAUGUGAAGUUAAUUGUAGUACAUUACUGAGUACAGAGCACAGGCAAAGUGACACAGUGGUCAGCAGUGGGACUUCCACUUGUUGCUUUACUGGAAGUCUGGCUUGUGCUAUAAAGACAAUAUGCAAAUAAAACUGAGUUCAAGCCCCCUAGUUCUAUAAAGGAGAUGCUGUAGUCUUGUUAAAAAGUAUAAGACCCCCGGAACAAAACCAAAGUCAGUAUUUGUAAGACUCAACAUUACCCAAUGGAAACCGCUUUAAAGGCAGGGUCUUAUAUCAGACCUUUCAAGGCAGAAGUCCUGAGAAAUUCCCCCUUUGGGUUGGGACUAAUGGAACCCUGCAGACAAGGUGGCCCUGCACAGUCUCUUUCCAGGUUAUGUAGUACCUUUUACAGCAUACAUCAUCACAAGGUGGUGCACUGAACAAUAAAACAUCAACACGAGAAAAGAUUGGUAAACACUAAGAGGAGACAUUUAGAUGUCCAUUGAAAAUGAAGAUGCUCAAAUAUGGGGAAAUAAAGAUCAUCAAUUGUUCCCCAAAGAAUACUUCUAGGCUGCCCGUGUGAACAGGUGGUCAAAUUUCAUGAAGGAAGAAAAAAAUGAGGCGUGCUGCUGAUAAAAGGCUUGUGAGACACUGACACAGUCUAGAGGUGGUCCUGAGCAGGAGCACAGCACUGGUUCAGGUGGCACGUUUUUCAGUUCCAUAGUCUUUCCAUCUAAAUGUCCAACAUUGGAGAGCACAGUUCUCUGCUUCCACACCAUCCCGUUUAGACAAACCUGCAGUGACCGAGGAAUGUAAAGCCAAGUAGGGCUCAACCAAGUAAAGCUAGCAAUUUGUUCUGCUCCAUAUAAACAAGACACAACUAAAAUCACCUGUCUCUUUCACGAAUAGAAAACAGCAUUUAUAUUGGAGCACAAAAACCCCUCACAAGUAAUCCACCCACCAUCCUCACUAUAGCAAGCAGAAGUAUUAGAAUUAGGAGAGUACUUUUUAUGUUGAUUACAAGACAAACAAAUGUCCAGUGUGAGGUUUCUUGAAGAACCAGCAGCACAAAAGACAUUUUUCUGUUUUCCACUUGUUUAUUUUCUGUUUCCUGUGUCCUGCUGCUUCCAUGGGUACAAAUGAAUGGCUUCUCGGUAACUAAAUUGAAGAAUGAAAGAAACUGGGAUUUAGUGGGUUUGUAAAAUUAAUGAGUACAUGUUGAUGGUAAUAAAAUUGUUAAAUACAUUUUAAAAGAUUUGUCAUUUUUCUUUCCAUUGACAUGGUGGUCCAAUCUUGGGGUGGGCAACAGAAGCUUUGGCAUUGUACUUAUAUGUUUUCUUUUAUUAUGGAGGAAAUCAUACAGAUGGCGCACUUGAUUCAAGUGUUUUCUGUAGUGAUUUUUCUUGUCAGAUGAGCUGUUGCAGACGUAUGAGAUCUGA